AUGGACAAUGACGAAGAUGAUGAUGGAAAUUUCACCAAAUGGAUGAGCAGUUACUGGGGUCACGGAGCAGAAAGUGGUCAUUCCAGAGACAGGAAGAGGAGCUUCAGACGACCUGCAAGAUCACAAACAGACAGACGUGGGUCACUACCAACUGUGUCACAGUUAGAUGCCAUGAAGCUGAACAAGCUCCAUGCCGCGACAAUGGCCCCUACUCCCAGUCACCUGAAAACACGAGAAGAGUGGUUGGAAGUACGGCCUCACCCCAGGGCUCAUCGCACUUCCUCUGACGACGGGCGACCCAAAACAGCCAUCCCGGAAGCACGCAUCAGCACCAUCCCCGAAAUCACAGGGUCCCUGGAAAAGAGGCUCCGGACCAUCUCUCUGAAUGAGGACAACAGGUUGUGCCUGAUCUGUUAUGAAGACAUGAGAAAGAACGGAGCUGGUACGCAGGAGCUGCACUGCACACAUCGCUUCCACAAAGAGGUAAAACUCUGUCUUUAUCUGCUGCAUGUCCACAGAUUUCAACGUCUCAUUUCACUUGUUCAAUGCAUGAGGCUUAUCAAACCCAACAUUCCUGUACAUGCAUGA